GUUCCCCAGGCGCCUGCGCCUCUUGCUAAAUCGCUCUGAGGAACUGACAGUGGAUUGGUUCAAAAUGGCGUUAAUCCCGCCUCCUGACUCUAGUUUGAUGAGUACGUUGGUCGUGUCCGGUUUGCGAUGCUGGUGUUUAGCGGGACUGGUGGAUUUGAAGGCAGCUGGUUGUGAAAUCAAGUGACUUUCCGCUGAUCCGCCGGCAGUUUUAGCGCGGCCUCUGGUCGAAGCUGGACUCCCCUUACAGAAAGAAGCGGGGGCUGCUGUGCGUACACUGGGAAUUGUUCCUGAAUACAAAGAUCCCGAGACAUAAUUAGUGGAUGUAAUAAAAGGAAAAAGAAAUGGAUGCACCAUUGCCGCCAAAGGAAGCUGGAAAAUUUAUAUCCGAGAACAGCAAAGAUGUCUCUGUUUUAGAAGAAGGGGUUCAAAAGGUUGCCAAAAUGGUGUUUGAAAAAAGAAAUUCAGAGGAACUUGAUGCUACAGGAUGGAAGUUGCUCCAUGACCUGAACCCACAAACAAUGAGUGAGACCUCUGUCAACUGGGUAUUUGUUACAGAUACUCUCAACUUUUCCUUUUGGUCUGAAAAUGAUGAUCACAAGUGUUUGGUUAAGUACAAAGGCAAAAUGCAUAGUGGCUUUUGGUCACUUUGUGCUGCUAUUAAUAGAGCACUAGAUGAAGGCAUUCCCAUUACCAGUGCAUCAUUUUUUGCUAACAUAACCCUGGAUCAAUUGAAAUAUGUGCUACGUUCAGACACGGAUGUUCCAAUGCCUCUGAUUGAAGAACGUCUCAAAGUGCUUAAGGAGGCUGGAAACAUAUUGCUAGAGAAGUUUGAUGGUUCAUUCCUCAAUUGCAUUAAGAAGAGUGAAAAUAGUGCCCAGAAAUUGCUACGCCUUGUGGUGGAUAAUUUUCCUUCAUAUAGGGAUGAAACUACAUUUCAGUACCCAGAAUUGAUUGCAGCGUUCAGGAUUUACCCUGGAGAAGAGAACAGUUUUACUAUAAUAGCAUCAGACGGCAAAAAGGUUGCUUUUUACAAAAGGGCGCAAAUCCUUAUAGCGGAUAUCUGGGGCCUACUGGAAGGAAAGGGGGAUGGUGUCUUUCACGAUAUGGCCAGUCUGACUAUGUUUGCAGACUACAGAGUCCCUCAGGCACUUGUCUACCUUGGAGCCAUGAAGUACUCAGAAAAACUCAUGGAAAAACUUAAACAAGGUGUCCUUUUCCAGUCAGGAGAUUGUCAGGAAGUGGAGAUCCGAGGCUGCUCCAUUUGGUGUGUUGAGUUAAUAUUGCGUCAUGUUCUGGAACUUGGAGCUCAGAAAGGACAUGUGAACAUGCACAUCAAUUCUGUUUUGAUCGAUUACUACCUGUGGGACUAUGCAAAAGAUCACCGAGAGGACAUGGCAGAUAUUCCCAUCCAUCGUGUUCGCUGCAUCUACUACUAGUUGGACAUGCUGCAGUUUCUUUGAAGCAAAGGGCUGUCGGCCUGAAGAUGCUGGGGAUAUGGUUCAGAGGGACCGGGGCAUGUGUUAAAAACUGGAAGGAGCAAGUGUCUAUGCUGCAAAGAAAACUGGGCAUGUGGGAGCGACACUCCCUCUCCAUUGCAGGUAAGAACCUGGUCAUCAGGUGUGAGGCACUCUCACUGUUGUUGUGGUGUAGGUCUGGCUCAUUCCAGACUCCUGCGUGAUGGCGAUCGACCGAGCCAUCUUUCACUUUAUGUGGAGGUCGAAAGUGGAUCAUGUCCGCAGGGAUGCGAUGUACAAGCCUCUAGAUAAGGGGGGAAAAAAACUUGCCCAACAUCGCCUUCAUACUGAUGGCCACCUUUGUGUGCGGCUGCAUCAAGCUGUGCAUAGACCCUCGGUAC